GUGUGCGCGCGCUCGCCCCCUUCCCAGGCGGAGGAGGAGGAGGAGGAGAUCGGCGAGGGAUGAUGGCCCAGCCGCUGCUGAGGAAGACCUUCUCCCGCCUGCGGGGCAAGGAGCGCCUCGGGCGCAAGAAGGGGGCGCAGCGCAAGGAGCCAGAUUCUCCUUCAGAGCCACCAGGUGCUUCCGGGUCUUCCACAGAUCCUCAAGUUUUGGGGCCUCUCCCAUUGGAAGACGAAUGCAGUAAGAAAGGUGCCACCAUCACAGUGUCAAGGAAACAACACUGGGCCAAGUUCACCUGGGGUAGCCAGGAGGAUUCCCACAACCGGAAACAGGGCCAGAGCUCCUCAAGCAUCUCACAGGGACCUGUUGACCCGGAUGGAGAGCCAUCCCCAGAUAACCUACACUGUGCUGGAUUGUCGGCAAGCGGGUCCAAGAAAGAUGCUGAAUUGCUGGUUGGCUACUCGGAGACCUGCAGCUCUAGCCUUAUUAGUGCCAAGUGCAGCGGCCAGGGAGCCUAUCUGCAGAGCCUGGAGAGAAGCAGCCGCCACUGGGUGCUCUCGUCCGGGAAGACCCAAGGGGCGGAAGAACCAGCAGCCACUGGCUCCAACACUGAGCAGAGGGAGCUUCAUGUGCUCUGCAGCAGCAAAGGGGAGAUCUGGUACAAUCCCAUUCCAGAAGAUGAUGACUUACAACUCCUUGAGAAGACGCGGGGCACUGAGGUUGAUAGCAGGAGCAGGAAAGGGAAGCCGGCGGAGAUUAAAACAACACGGGAAGGUGUCUCUCCAGGAGGCUCACAACAAGCAAGGAGAGACGGUGUACAGACCUCACCAAGCCAAACACGAUCUACAAAGCAAGAUGAAGAGAUGAUUGGCUCCCAAACCCAGACCUGUGGUGGAAGAAUGCUUGCCACAAGCACAGAUCCUGGGGAACGGGCCCUGAGCCCCACCACCCACAAGAAGGCCCACACUCUUGGCAAGGCAAAGUCCCCCGGCCCAGUGAGAAGUCUCUCCAUGAAGAUGAAGAAGCUUCCAGAGCUGAGACGGAAACUGAGCCUGCGUAGCUCCCGUCACCGAGGUCCUGAAGCGGAGGGCAGCUCGUCACCAAAGGAAUCGGGCAGCGUCAUCAGCCGCUACCACCUUGACAGCAGCGUGGCAUCUCGGCAGCCUCAGGCAUGGGGCAAGGCUGCCAGCAAAGGGGGCUACUUGAGUGACGGCGACUCUCCCGAGCUUCAGGCCAAAGCCGAGACCUGCCUGGGAUUCGAUGGUGGAUCUUUCCGCCAUUAUAGCUUUGCUGAGCAGCCGGGUUGCUUGCAGCAUCUCUCUGGCCUUGUCAGCAUCCACUUGCUAGGGGUGCAGGACUUCAGGCACCCCAGAGCCGAAGCCAAGGAAGCCUUCUGUGUCCUCCAGGUAGACUCCGUCAACAAAGCCCGCACUGCCCUUCUGCCUUGCCAGGAAGCUUUCCUCAGCCUCAACCAUUCCUUCCAGCUGGAGCUUGAAGAUGCCCAGCUCCUUAAAGUUGUGAUCUUCUCGUGUGAUCCUUCAGUGGGCAAGAAUCGUGUCUGCUGCUAUGGAACGAUCAUCCUGCCCCACAUUUUUCAAGGUUGCAGGAGCCAGCAGCUCGCCAUGCAACUUGAGCCACAAGGACUCCUGUACAUCAAGCUUACCUUGGUGGACCAGUGGGACCCAGCUAACAACGACCAGGAGCCACAAGUCUUUGGAGUGAAAUUGAGUCAGCUGGUGGAGAGAGAAGGGGCUGCCAUCAAAGUACCCCUGCUGAUCCAGAAGUGUGUUGCCCAGAUAGAGAAAAGAGGCUUGAAGGUUGUGGGUCUGUAUCGCUUGUGUGGUUCAGCUGCAGUGAAGAAAGAGCUACGCGAUGCCUUUGAGAAGGACAGCUCUGCUGUGGUACUCUCUGAAGAUCUCUAUCCAGACAUCAAUGUCAUCACAGGGAUCCUGAAAGACUAUUUGCGUGAAUUACCCACUCCUCUCAUCACCAACCCACUCUACCAAGUGGUGCUGGAAGCCAUGUCCAAUCGGGCUGUGGGGCAGGAAGCGAAGGAGGCUUCAACAACAACGGCUCUUCUGGACUGCUUACCAGAAGCAGAGAAGGCUACCCUGACCAUGCUGCUGGACCACCUCAGCUUGGUUGCCUCUUUCCAUGCCUCAAACCGCAUGAACGCUCAGAAUCUCGCUGUGUGCUUCGGGCCCGUAUUGCUGAGCCAAGGUGCAGGAGGGGCAGGGGCCCGCAGCCCCCGCCUGCAGCAUCGCACCAUCACCAGCACCAUGGACUUCAAGAACCAUAUUGAAGUGUUGCAUUACCUACUUCAGGCUUGGCCAACUCCCCGCAGGAAGAGUGAGGAAGAGCCCCCCUUGCCCCAACGCCAGUGCCGUCCCCCCAUGACUCUGCCACUGCUGCAGACCACUGUUGUGGCCCGGAGCCGCCCUCGAGGCCUGGAAAGCCCUCCUAGCAACCGCUACGCCGGGGACUGGAGCAUAUGCGGCCAGCAGUUCUUGGCAGGACCCAAGCUGGGAGCUGGUGACACUGACUACGAUGAGGUGGCCGGGAGCGAGAGUGACAAUGAGGAGGAGAGGAAGGAGGAGGCGGCACUGCGGGAGGGCCUGGCACACCACAGCCGGACCGUCUUUGUGGGCGACUUUGCCUUGGUGGAGGAGCCAGAAGCCCCCUUCAGCCCUCGGCUCAAUCUGAAGGAUUUUGAUGCCCUCAUUUUGGACCUAGAGCGAGAACUCUCCAAGCAAAUCAAUGUCUGCCUGUAAGCCCUCCCCAUAGGAUAGAAGGACGCUCUGCAGUGCCACUUCUUUUCUUUGCCAAACUCAGGCAGCCUUCAGCUUGAGUCCUUAUCAGUAUUCUCUCUGUUCCUGGCUCUUUGAACCCAGUGAGCAGACCUUAUUUUUGUUCCUAUUGUCGUGUUAUGGUUUCCUUGCCCAGGGAUGAAGAGCCAGGGUGAGUGCCAUCGCUGAAUGGCUCUCAGGGUGCAGCCAUUGAGGACGGAGGAACAAUUUCCAACCCCGAUGGCUUGUAUCUACCUUCACGUACUUCCAAGGAAGAAAGGAAGCAAUUGGUGUUUUCAUUAAUUUGCUUGAAAAGAUGAUAUCGAAUAAGUAUUAUUUAUGUAGCACACUUUCCUAAUCAUUCAGAGCACUUCAACAACCUUUGAGUGUCGCACAGUACUCUUAUCUUCCCUUAUUAUAGACUCAUGUUGUCUUGGCUAACCCUGAACAACUUGGUGAGACAAGGUCUGGAGCUGCAGUUUCGAUGGCUCAUAGCUCAUGCUUUCACCACCGAAGGGGACCCUGGGCCAGAGGGUUUCAGUGGGGCUUCAUUCUGUUGGGUGAGCCUCUGGUGAUCUUAUCUGGGAGCAAUAGCAUUGUGGUCAGCAGUGGGAUCUGGGCCCGUAUUUCCUAUGACAAAGUCCAGCUGCUCCUGGAAAGUUAAAAUGGCUGCUCUCAGGCCAAGCAUUGGAGCCUUCAAAAACACUCCUCUAAAAAGGUAGGCAGGUCCCGGUUUUAGGAGAAGCCAAGGCUCAACUUGAAGCUUGGUGGGGUUCAGAAUGCUCUUUGAUCGUAGGUGAACUAUCAGCCGUCCCCUGCCACGUGUUGCUGUGGCCCACUUGCGGGUUCAGUGUGGGAGGUUUGGCCCAAUUCUAUCAUUGGUGGUGUUCAGAAUGCUCUGUGAUUGUAGGUGAACUAUCAGCCGUCCCCUGCCACACAUUGCUGUGGCCCACAUGGGGGUUCAGUGUGGGAGGUUUGGCCCAAUUCUAUCAUUGGUGGUGUUCAGAAUGCUCUGUGAUUGUAGGUGAACUAUAAAUCCCAGCAACUACAACUCCCAAAUGUCAAGUUCUAUUUCCACUAAACUUCACCAGUGUUCACAUUUGGGCAUAUUGAGUAUUCUUGUAGAGUUUGGUCCAGAUCCAUCAUUGUUUGAGUCCACAGUCAUCUUUGGAUGUAGGUGAACUACAACUCCAAAACCAAAGAACACUGCCCACCAAACCCUUCAUAGAAUCACAGAAUCAAAGAGUUGGAAGAGACCUCAUGGGCCAUCCAGUCCAACCCCCUACCAAGAAGCAGGAAUAUUGCAUUCAAAUCACCUCUGACAGAUGGCCAUCCAGCCUCUGUUUAAAAGCUUCCAAAGAAGAAGCCUCCACCACACUCCAGGGCAGA